AUGAGGUUGGAAUGGUCUUCGACUUGUCUAGUAGAAGAAGAAGAAGUAGGAUAUCAUAUUAGAGAUGAUAAAAGGACACCUUCCAAUAGCAUUGAUGGUCUUGUCUGCUUCUAUUCAUCCACAAGAGAGAUUACAGUGAUAAACCCAACUACGAGAUGGUCUCACAAGCUUCCUCUUGCCAACAUUCAAUUAGACAACAAUGACUUCUUCGAGUUCCCUUUACCAGGAUUCGGAAAAGACUACAUUACAGGAACAUACAAAAUAGUGUGGUUGCAUAACGUUAACAAGCACAACAACACCUUAUUAUGCGAGAUUUUCGAUUUCAGAGUCAAGCAAUGGAGGCAGGUGACUCCACCUCCUCCUGAUCAUUGCUUAAACCACACCAACUUACCAACUUUUGCAAACGGAUGGCUUUAUUGGUUCCACCUAGACACGACGAAACUGAUUGCUUUUGAUCUUCACAUGGAGAUGUUUCAAGUCAUUCCAAAUCCUAUUAUUGAGACAUCAUCAUCAUCCGUUGUUGAUAUACAUUUCGGAAGCAUAGACGAUGAUCGUCGUCUUGUGUGGGCUUCAGAGACGAAUGGAGAUGGCAUGCAACACGUUUGGAGGCUCACUAACCACAACACUGGAGGGGCAUUAUUAAGAAUGGACAAGAUGUUUCCAUUGACUUGAACAAGA